CCGGAUUCUAUAUUGUCUUGUUGUUUUAUUCAGUUCUUUCUUUUAGUUUAUAUUAUACCUUAUAAAAAUGCCUGUUGACCUUGAAAAAUUAGCUAAACUUAAGAAAGCUACCAAAGUUGGUGGUUCUCGUCGUAAAGCUAAGAAGAUUUUCAAAGAUGAUGCUGAUGAUUCUAAAUUACAAACAGCUCUCCGUAAAUUGAACUCUCAAACUUUAGAUGGUGUUGAAGAAGUUAAUUUUUUCAAAGAAGAUGGUAACGUUUUACACUUCAACAGAGCUUCAGUCCAAGCAUCUAUUCAAAAUAAUACCUUUGCAGUUCAUGGUCGUCCCCAAGAAAAACAAUUAACUGAUUUAUUACCAAAUAUUUUACCUCAAUUGGGUUCUGAAAAUUUGGAAAUUUUAAGGCAAUUGGCUGAAAAUAUCCAAAAACAAGGUGGUUUAGGUGAUGCUGCAGCAGCAGCUGGUCUUAACCCAGGCGCAGACGCUAAUGACGAUGAUGAUAUUCCUAACUUAGUUGAAGGUGAAAAUUUCGAUAAACAAGUCGAUUAGAUAAAAUCCAAUAGUUAAAUGAACUUGAAACCAAUUUAAAUUUUUUAAUUUGUUUUUUUCUUUGUUUAUUUUAUAUCUUUAAUACAACAUCAUUAUCAAAAAAAACUAUGAAAAUAUGAAAAUGUGAAAAUCAGAA